AUCAUCAUCAUCAGCAACGAUGAUCAUCAAUGAACAAACAUCAUUGAUGAUUGAAUGUUUGAUCAAUGCAAAUCCAUCAUUGGUCGAUGUACAGAUUUUACAUAAUUCAACCAUUAUACAGUUGAAUAAACAAAUGGAUGUACAAGAACAAAAUAUCACCAAAGUGAUUAUCGAAUCUGUGAAUGCUAAUCAUCGUGGCCGUUAUCAAUGUUUAGCUGUUAAUCAACAAGGAAUGGCACAUUCAAAUUCAAUACAUGUGGAUGUUCAAUAUGUUCCAUUCUGUAGGAAUCAAUAUCCAGAUGAUAAUGAUAAUAAAAAAUCUUCAUUCGUUAGCGGUUACAAUGAAAUGACAAUUACUAAAUCAAUAAUGAAUAAUCAGAAUCAGAAUCAGAAUAACAAUCGACAACAAAAUCAAUAUGCCUUAGCUAUAAAUGAAUCAAUAAGAUUACGUUGUGAUGUACAAUCAAAUCCUAUAGCAACAAAUUAUUAUUGGACAUUAAAUACUAACGUUGCUGAUGGACAUGAUCAUGAAUGGCUUGAUGAAACAAAAAUUAUUGCUCAAUCAAAAUCACAAUAUGAUUAUGAAUUAUUAUAUGAAAUUCGAUCUACGAAUAAUUAUGGAAAAUUAUCCUGUUGGUCAAGCAACAUGAUCGGUAUGCAACGUAAGCCAUGUAUAUUUUGGAUACAAAAAGCUGGUCCACCAUCAUCAUUACAUGAAUGUUCAGUAACAAAUAAAACGACAACAAGUCUUACGGUUGAAUGUUAUCCAGGUGAUAAUGGUGGUUCGAAACAGAUAUUUUUUGCUUAUGUUUAUCAAUACGAACAAAAUGAUAAUAAUCAUGAUGAUGAUGAUGAUGAUGAUGGCAAUGAUAAUGAUGAAAAUGAAUCAAAAUCAACGUUCAAUGAUAAUGGUGAUGGAAGAAAAAUUAUCUAUUCAAUUCGUAAUAAGCAAUCAUCGACGAAAAAGACAACAACAAAUCAACAGCAGCAACAACAGCUUAAAACGGCAAAUAUUAUCGGUAGUGAUGAUGGCAUUGAAAAUGUAAAAAUAAAUCUUACAUCGGAAACAAGUCCAAUAUUUUAUCUGAAUAAUUUGAAACCUGGAACAACGUAUCGUUUAGAAUUAUUUGCACGUAAUGAACGUGGUAAAAGUGAUGUCGAAAGAUUAACAGUGACAACAUUGUUUACGAAAAAUACUAAAUUAAUUUCAAGCUCAUUACAAGAAUAUGAUUAUGAAUCCCGAUAUUCAAUGAUGAUUGUUAGUUUUUUACUUACAAUUUUAUUGAUUGUAAUCAUUGUAUAUAUUGUUUGUCGUGUAAGACAACGACAAAUAACAAGAAAAAAUCGUCGUAAAGAAGAACAAAUUAAACAAAAGUAA